AUGGGCAUCAUCGGAGGGUACCCGGCACGGCGCUUCAGCCGCUUCACUAAUACGGCUGCUGUGGGCGUCUUUUUCCUGUUCCUGUGGGUGUUUCGUGAAGAGCUGUGCCUCGACCGCGCUGGCAUGGAUUCGAGCCUUACAUGGAUUCCGCGACUAUCCCACCAGGACGUCUAUGACUUGGAGCCGAUCAAUUCCGACGUCAUUCGGGCGGUUUGCGACAAGACAGAGUGGGAUGCGGAGAAGGCGAUGCGGGUUGUGUUUACAUGCGACAACAACGUCGGCGGAAUCGGCAACAUCCGCAAUUCGAUCUUGAACUGCGUGCGAUACACGAUGCUGGCUGGGGGCUCGUUGGUCAUGCCGCGCAUCUUUGAGCGCAACGACUCGGACAUCUCCCACAUCCGGACGGGGCGGCGACAGGAGAUGGAGUACCUCUUCGACAGACAGCACUUCAUCGACUCGCUGCACCUCUCGUGCCCUCAGCUGCAGCUCUACAACGACACGGACGAGGUCUACGAAUCCCUGGGCCCGGCGCGAACAUGGUCCCUCGGCCUCUUCCCGGAAUCCCUCGUCGACGAAGAGCAUGUUGCCAGCACGGGUAUUGCGGAACCGGAAAAGUGGCAGUCUCAGCUGUACCGGUGGCUCGACGAGAUCAACAACACCACCGACGUCGCGCCGACCGGGCGUCCCACGCAGGGCCCAAUGAUGGUGGACCUCGGCCGGUCGUACCUCACGUACCCGAUCAACAGCGACGGCGAGGUCUUCGCGACGACAUUUGGCACCAUCCUCGAGUUCCGCGCAGAUGUCCGGCGGCUCGCGAGCGCCACGAUCCUCAGCAUCAACAGGCACUUUUUCGGCGCGCACCUGCGCACCGAGAAGGACGCACUCGACAGCUGGAACCCGGCCGACCCGAUGUGGGAGUGGUCCGAGUACAGCAAGCAGACGGACGCCUUCUUUGACCAGGCGGGUCGGUCGGGCCUCUCGGUCAUGUACGUCGCGUCCGGGAACGAGACGCAGGUGGCGAUGCUCGAGGCGGACGCGGUGCCGCGUGGGGUGCGGGUCGUGACGAAGCAGGACCUGCUGACGGGGAAGAACCGCAAAAGACUAGAUGCGUUGACGUGGGAUCAAAAGGGCAUGAUUGACUUUCUGGUCAUGUUGGGAGCAGCGCAAUUCGGAGGCGUGGGACACUCGAGUUUUGCAUGGAACGUGGCGCUGAAGAGGCAUCUUUUUUCCAAAGAGACUUCCAAGGAGAAGGACGCGUUCCUAAAGGGGCCACAGAUGCUCAGUGAUGACUUGAGUCAGAUUUAUGGCGUGCCAGGGAAGUACCCCGAGUAUGCGGCAUGUUUGUGGCCAUGA